CUCUCUCUCUCUCAAAUACUAUACCAUACAGCUAAGAAGGAUGUUCAACAUUAUGCAGGAAAUGAAUCAAUCAGCUGAUCAUACGCCAAUGGAAGGCACAGGAGAAGGAUCAGAGGCGGCAAAAACAGACCCAACAUACGAGCGGAUCCACCACCUCGCCGCCGGAAACGCCGUGGUGGUGUUCACCGUCAGCGGUUGCUGCAUGUGCCACGUAGUGAAGCAGCUCCUCUUCGGCCUCGGCGUUGGCCCCACCAUCGUCGAGCUCGACCGCCACAAGGCCGGCGGCAAGAUCCACGACGCGCUCCGCCAGCUCGCCGGAGACGAAGGCCGGCAGGCCGUUCCCGCCGUCUUUGUCGCCGGGAAGUUCUUGGGCGGCGUCGAGAACGUCAUGGCGUGCCACAUCAACGGCACUCUAGUCCCCCUGCUCAAGGACGCCGGAGCCCUCUGGCUCUAACCACUUUCCCACCGGAGUUCCUUAGUGUCAUUGCCGGCCAUUCUGACACCGUUGCCGGAAUAUUUUAACUUUACCUCAUAUUUUCUUUAUAUAUGAACCCAUAGUCUAAUUCUAAAAAGCAAAAAAAACAAAAACAAAAACAAAAAAAAGGAACAAAACUGAGAGUCUGAUAUGAAUAUGUAGGGUGGUUUGUCUAGAAAAGGAAAAGAAGUUUGGUUGUU